AUGUGCCAGAUUCUAUCAGAUGUAUUAUAUCUUAGAAAAGGGGAUGUGGGAAUUUCUAUUACUCCCAAGGCUCCUAGAGUGUCUCACUUACUCUAUGAUGAUGAUAUUUUAAUCUUCUUAGAAGCCAGGAUGAAAAAGGUAAAGGAAUUGAAGAAUAUCAUUACCAACUAUUGUAAAUGGUUGGGUCAGAAGGUUAAUCAAUCUAAGUCCAUGAUACUUUUUGGAAAGCAUACUAACCAUAACAUGAAGAAGAAAAUUUCAAAUUUUCUUAGAUUCAAGAUUGGUAAGGAGAUGAAUUAUCUUGGUGUGAAGAUGACCUUGAGAAGAUUGGUGGCUUCGGAUUUCCUGAAGCUAAUGGAAGUUGCUGCUAAUAGAUUGAACACUUGGGGGAAAAAGUUCAUUUCUCUGGAAGGAAAGUUGGUGUUGGUCAAAUCUGCAUUCCUCUCAUUACCUAUGUUUUUAUCUUCUCUUUCUUUAGUCCCAUUGAGUAUUCUUAAAGAGUUUGAUAAAUUCUUUAGAGGAUUCUUGUUGAGUAGGAAUAAUGGAAGUGCAGGAUUGCAUUAUGCUUCUUGGGAAAGUCUUUGCAAGCCAAAGAAUUAUGAUGGUCGAGGCUUGUUCUCGGCAGUUUCCAAGGUAGGACCUCUUCGGGCAAAGUUGGCAUGGAUUUUCUGUAUGAAGCCAAGAGUGUUGCUGAACCAAAUCCUGAGAGCAAAAUAUGGAGGAGAUGUUUGGACGGUACCAGUGAAAAAAGAUUGUUCCCCUACACGGAAGAUCAUUACUAUGGGUGCUAAUUAUCUUAGAAACAUUGUUAGAUGGAAUGUUUCUAAUGGUAACUCUAUCAAUUGGAUGUUUGAUUCAUGGAUAUUAGACAAAUGCUUAGAAAAGUGGCGACUUUUGUUAACAGUCUAG